UGUCAUUUUUAAGUCAAAACUAGAAAAACAAUAAACGCACGUGUGAUUUUAUAAAGAGCUCUCAAAAUUAAUUUGGAAUAAUAAUAAAACAGUAUGGUUAAGCCAAAAAAAGCCAAUUUAGUUCAAAAUAAAAAUGUAGCUUUGGAGAAGCAAUUAGUUCAGGGUAAAAUAACGAAACGAAAAAACAAAGAUAAGUUUCAUUUGCGCGCAGAAGAAAGUUCGGUGCUAGAUAGCAAAACAAGCAAAAAAAUUUUAGAUGCUGCGAAAGCCCAACAGUUGGAACUUAACGAUGAUAAUUUCCCUAGCCUAGGGGGGAAAAAAGCCUACACUCAUGUCAACAUAGGAGAAAUUGCUGAAGAGGACGAAAAUAAAGAUGUCACUGAAAAUGACUUUAUGGAUAAUUUAGAAAUCGAUGAAGAAGAUGCCAAAGCAUUCGAACGUUUUCAAAAUCCUCAGGAAGGAAAACGAACAUUAAAAUUAUCUGAUAUCAUACUGGAAAAAAUUCAAGAAAAACAACAAGAUAUUCAGAGUAAACUCACUGAUAAUGGAUCUCUUAAUAUAGAGGAUAUAGACCCCCGGGUGCGAGAAAUGUAUGAAGGAGUUAGGGAUGUAAUGAAGCGGUAUCGAAGUGGGAAAGUGCCGAAAGCAUUUAAAAUUAUUCCAAGACUACGAAAUUGGGAGCAGAUUUUAUUUAUAACGGAACCGCAUAAUUGGAGUGCUGCAGCUAUGUUUCAAGGAACUCGUAUAUUUUGUUCAGUUCUCUCGCACGCAAUGGCUCAGCGGUUUUAUAAUUUGGUUUUGUUGCCGCGGAUAAGAGACGAUCUUUGUGAAUAUAAAAAACUUAAUAUGCAUUUGUACAAUGCUUUAAAAAAAGCACUAUUCAAACCAGCUGCUUUUAUGAAAGGUAUAAUACUUCCUUUGUUAGAGGCUGGCGAUUGCACAUUGCGAGAAGCAAUUAUAUUUGGAAGCGUCAUCGCACGCAGUUCGAUUCCCGUAUUGCAUUCAUCAGCAUGUUUACUCAAAAUAUGUGAAAUGGGAUAUACAGGAGCAAAUUCAAUAUUUAUUCGCUACUUUCUUGACAAGCGUUAUGCCUUACCUUACCGUGUUAUCGACGCCGCCGUAUUUCAUUUCAUUAGAUUUGAAAAUGAUAAACGUGAAAUGCCUGUAUUGUGGCAUCAAAGCUUAUUAACGUUUGCACAACGUUAUAAGAACGACAUUUCUUCCGAGCAAAAAGAAGCUUUGCUUAAUUUAUUAAGAAAGCAAUCACACCCAAAGAUUACACCUGAAAUUCGAAGAGAACUUUUGGCAUCAAGUUGUAGAGAUAUUGAAAUGAUGGAAUAUAGCAAUGAAACUGCUGCAAUGCCAGUAGAAAUGUACACUGAUAAAGAUGUUUGCUAUGAGUAAACAUGUUCAACGUAUAGCAUGUAAAUGUGAUUCUGUAUUUAUAGCUAGUUAUCAAUAAUUAACCAAGAUUUCUUGAAAAGCUUUUAUUUAUCUAAAAACUAGAAGAAGAGAGGACAAAAUGAGAGCGUAAAAAGCAGAGUGAGCUGUUAAGGGAUCGUCCCAAUGUGAAAUUUUCGCAUUAUAUUUAUAUUAUACAUUAUCGGAUAGUAUGCACUGUAUUCUCUCAUAUUUUGAAAACGAAAUACAAAUUAUUACGGUCACUACAGCGUUUCAUGUAGAAACGGAACAGAGUGGGGAACAUAGCGACUCCAAUCUAUAAAUGCGUUUUUCUGAAUGGUUUCCACUCUCAAAGGAAGUGUUUUGAAGAUAUCUAGUUCCAAAUUGGAGAGAACAUUUUAAUCGUCAUUCUCUAUAGCGCUAUGGAAGCUUUUUUUUGUGUACAUCGUACAAUACCUUUUUUUUACGUGUCAUUUCAACACUUUAUUUAACUAUUAUACACCCAAUGAAUAAAUAUAAAAAAAUAUCAUUUUGUAUUCGUCACGAACGUAUUUAUAUAAAAAAAAUCGGACCGAUUAGUUAAUGUUAAACUUAAAAAAAUUAUCGCGAAAUUCGGUGAUUUUUCGGAGAGUAACGCUGAGACGAUCCUUUAAGUUCUAAUAAUGAAAUUUUUACUAACCUAAAUUAGUUGCUGUCAUAAGAAAACAUACCUUGAUUUCAUUAAUUUCUAAUAGUUGUGAAUUGUUAAGAUACAAAUCAGAUAUUAGUUAAAUAACUACAACUACACAAAAUGUUAGUGUUUGGACUUAUUAGAAUUCGAAGUAAAUGGUAACUUAAUGAUGAAUAUGCAUAUAUUAAUUAGUAUAUUAUUAUUUUUUAUUAUAAAAAUGAAUUCGUUGGCUUCUUUCAGUCGUUUGCAUUAGCUCAAAAUAUUGGAGACCAAAUUAUUUAAAAUUCUAUUGAUUAAUUCAAGCAACAACAUAGUGUGGUUAUACUCAGAUUUUUCUUCCUAAUUUCAGGUAGUUUACUUUGUCAUUGGUUCGCUUUUAACUUUUUUAAUAACUGAAAAAUUUUCGAAUUCUUCCUGAUAGCUGGCAGUUACUAUCAAUACCGAAACACAUUUUGUACUUUAAUAACAUUUGUAAUAUGCGAAAUAUACAAAAAAUAAAGUUAUAUAAUAUUUUUGAAA